AUGUCGCUCAACGGCCUAGACAAUUCCGAGGUCUUGGACGCAUUCCAGGCUGCCGGUGCCGAACCUGGAGGCUGGUUUCUGCUCAAAUACACCAGCCGUGACCAAGUUGAACUCCUCAGCACUGGUGUAGGUGGGAUUGUUGAGCUCCGUACUAGCAUCGAGGAAUACGACGACGAGAGCCCAUUGUACGGAUACAUCAAAUAUCGCCGUCGCAAUGUCGUCCUCAAAUACCUUCCUGAAGAUUCUUCUCGCUUGAUUCAAGCUCGCGUGGCCGUGCACUUCAACUUUGUCUGCGAGCGAUUCUCACCAUACCAUACCAUUUUUGAAUUUGACUCUGCCACCGCCCUCACUGAUACUAAGCUCUCCGCCGCCUGUUCUCUACAUACCGCCUCAGGCUCGACUGCCUCCUCCACUAGCUCUCGUAAGAAGCGUCUAGUCGAAAUUGCCGAGGAGGAUGAAGACGACCAACCUGCUUCCAAGCGCAAGUCCGUCACCGCCGAUGCCCUCCCGCCCAAGACGCCCAUCGAACCAAGUUGGAACCUGGAUCCCGUUACCCUAAACGCCGACUUGGCUUCCUCACCCGAGCAAAGCAAAUUCUCCGCCCAAGAUACCACCGAGCCUCCUACUUUUAUCGGUGUCGAUGGGCGUCCCUCCACCUCGGAUUCUCACGACCGCAGCCUAUCUAGCUCGUCAUCAUAUCCCCAUGGCAAACCCAAGGUCAAGCUUGGCCCCCGACCUUCUCUUGACGUUAACGUCCGUCCUCAGACUGCUGGCAAUUUUAGACCUGUAUCCGCUAUUCCCGCAGGGUAUAAGCUUUUCGGCAAGGGCGGCAAGAGAACCAAAAGCCGCGAGAGCAACAACCUCGUCUCUCCACAGGAAGAAAUUGCUAGCAUGGAUUUCGGUGUUGCCGAGGGUGACGAUGCAUCCAAGGAAAACACCGAUCCUGCCUUGACCUCUUCCGAGACCGCCCUCAAGCCCACAAAGAAAAUUUCACCCGAAAAGGCACGACUCAAAAAGGCGAUGCAGCUGCGCGAGAAGAAGCGAUUGGCUGCUGAAAAGGCUGCUCAGGAACAAGGCGACAAUGUCGCCCCCGACGUCGUUGAAGCUGAAGCGGAACCUGCUGAACAUGUCCACGUUGAUAAUGUCGAAUCAAUUAAAUCUGCGGCCGAUCAUGGCCAUGGCCCCGUCGAAACUCUCGCCAGCGAAACCACCGAUGUUUUUGUCGAUGCCCACUCUAACACCUCUCUCGCCGACCAGGCCUCCGAGGCCACUGCCACAGACUCCCAUCCACCAAGCCCGGCCUUGGGCGACUCGGAGACGGCUCACUCAACAAGAGCUUCGUCCAUUUCCGAAAACACCGAAGAGACGAUUCAGGAAAAAGAAGAAGCUGGUGAAACGACCCCGCAGCAGAAAGAAGCUGACGCACUGGCCGAGGUUGCUGCUCUACCUGAAAAGGACCUGACGCAUAUGACGACGCAAGAUCACAUCAAGGCUACUGAGGUUGCCCUCUUUGGCUCUUCGAGUCUAGAUGCUGACGCUACCGAGGAACCCGUCGCCAUUCCGAUAUCCAGAUUUUCGACCAAUAAUUCUGCUUCCUUGCCAGUCGAAGAGCCUGCGGAACCAUCCACUGACAAGGACAAGGAGGGGGCCAAGGAAGAAGAGCAGCACGCCGGUGAGCCGGUAGGCCAGGCUGUUCCCCCUCAAGUGUCUGCUCAGGACCUUCUCGCCGCCACUCGUGCAGCUGCGGAGCCAUGUAUCGAGACUUCUACUGCAGAGCCCAUUCAGAGCCCCCUCUCUACUGAUGCGCUCGCCACAUUUGGUGAGACUGUAUCGCUUGAUGCCAAAUCCGAGAUUAAAGAAAGUACUACGGAGGCGAAGGCGCAGGAAAGCAGCAUCGCUCUGUCCGAGAAGGAGGCCGCUGAGCCUGAGGAGAAGACUGCCGAGUCCAAGAAGGAGACCGCCGAGUCCAAGAAGGAGACCAACGAGUCCAAGAAGGAGACCAACGAGUCCAAGAAGGAGACCAACGAGAUUGAAAAGGAGAAGCGCAAGGGACUGGUCGAACCCAUUCAGACAACUGGAAUCGACAAGCAGGUCAACCAGAACCGAACGUCUACUGCCACUGCCGUGCUUGAGGUGGCUGACGCCAAGUCAACCAUGAUCGCGACGCCAGUCACCCCUGUCACGCCCGAAGGUGGCCUCGCGACACUGCCUCUCUCCACCAAAACGACGCCGCAGCCGUUUGCUGCCAGAACCGUCUCUAACCCUGUCCGUAGUAGUUUGAUGCCGCCCCCCGAUGCUAGCCAGUCUUCAGCUCGCUCUAUGAGCUCUGGAGCCGCCUAUCUACACAAAAUCACCCAGCAGCAGCAGACCAACACAAACCUCGCAUCCAAAUCCAAUGUUGGUUCCAGCAUCUCGCAGCGUAUCAAAGCUCUCGAGAUGCUUUCUGCCAGCAGUGGUACUGAGACGCGUCCCGUCAGCCGUGAGCGCCCCCAGUCGACCUUCUUUUCCGUCAAGAAGAGUGAGCCUCUGCGUGCCCCGUCGGUGAUUGAGCGUGCGUCUUCUCUACGGAUGGCGACCCCUCCCUCCCGCGACGGCUCGGAUUCCUCGCCCGAGACCGGCCGACCACAGCGUGGGCGCUCUGGAUCCAUUUCCAACAGGUUGUCCAUGUUCCAGCCCUCGCCCGACUCAUCUCGUGGCGCGCCAGAAUCCAUCUCGGUAACAGCCAAAAUCGUACGCGACCCCGAACAACACAUGAAAGAACCCCCCAGAGACGCAUCCGGCUUCAACCCACUGGAUCUUAAGCAAUCACCUCUAUUUGUUAGCCACCAGAAGCCUACACAGGAUAUCAGCACCGCCAGUAUCGACACAUCAAUUGAUUCAUUCAAGGAUGAUGCACGCCGUGCUUCUGUCAAUAUCGUUCGUGGCCUGAUGAAGGACAAGCAGACAACCUCGGCAGACUCUGUUUCUGCUCGCUCUCCGCCUCCUGCCAACGGAUCUUUCUCACCUCGCAUGUCGUUUAGCAGUCGUCGAUCAACUGGCAAGGAAAGUGAAGAAGCUCAAUCUUCUGACCAAAACGAUCAUUCGGCCAGCGAGGACAAAUCCACUGACAACAAACUGUCUCGCGCCAGCCGCUUCAUGCGUCGUCUCUCCAACCUCUCUGGCACCCGCAGCAAGACGAACCUCACUCCCACCCUCAAGUCGCCACUUGCGCACAACGAGGACCAGCGCGCCGAGGCGUUCCGCCCCUCCACGACCGGCACCUCACCUUGGAUUGUCACGUAUCUCGGGGACGUGAACGUGCAAUUUCCCGACAACCUGCUGUGGAAGCGUCGUAAUAUAUGCAUUGACUCGCAGGGCUUCCUCGUGCUCAGCGCUUUACCCGCGCCUAGCAGCCGCGCCGCCCAAGGCACCAAGCGCUACCACCUGAGCGAGUUCCGCCCGCCGUACUGCCCGGACGUAGAGGUCCAGGAGCUCCCCAACAGUGUCGUCCUCGACUUUAUUGAGGGCACUAGCCUGCAGCUUGCCUGUGAAGAUCGCGCCGGUCAGGUCAGCGUUCUCAACGAUCUGUCCGAUGCCCACUCCAAGCAUGCCGCGCAGUUUGGCCAAUAG